AUGGUAAAGAUAUUUACAGUCACAGAUCCUUUGCUACAAAUCGGAUGCACUUUGGGCGAAGGUGCUGUCUGGGACACGCGAACCCAGAAGUUGUAUUUUGUUGACAUAGAUCAACGAAAGGUAUACACUUAUGAGCCAUCCUCCGGCAUCUACGGGUAUCAAACAUUCGAAAACAAAAUCACGAGUUUGUCCGGUUUAGCAGACGGAUCGGGCCUCAUUGCCGCUGUGGACGUUGGAUUUGCAUAUAUUCCCUUCAGCUCUUUGCCAUUUCCUCCAAACGGCUCUAAGAAGCCAAUCAUCCCAAUCGAAGUUGAUGCGAAAUGCAAUGAAAAAGAGAAGCGUUUCAAUGAGGGUACGGUGGAUCCAGCAGGACGAUUCCUUUCCGGCACUUUAGGCUUUGAGCACGGGUCAAAGGAUGGACGGAUGUUCUCAUUGGAAGCCACGCCUGAAGGAGGAUACAAGGCUCCGCUCGUGUUAGAUAACAUUACUUGUACCAAUGGCAUGGGAUGGACUGCGGAUGGUAGAACCAUGUACUUUACCGACAGCUGGAUCAAGGAGAUCGCUGUCUUUGACUACGAUCUGGAUUCAGGAAACAUGACGAAUAGACGAACCUUUUCGGUUCUUGAGGACCAAUACGGUGAACCAGAUGGCAUGUGUACAGAUUCCGAAGGCGGGAUCUGGUCGGCUCGAUGGGCAGCAGGCAAAGUUGUUCGAUUGACACCGUCCGGCGAGCUUGACAUUGUCAUUGACUUCCCAAAAGCAUGGCACAUGACUUGCGUUGUGUUUGGAGGUCCCAGCCUAGAAGACCUUUAUGUCACUUCAGCUUCUUCGGAUUACACUGGCGAUGAUUUGCCAGAACGAGAUCAGGGUGGUGACCUGUUUGUGGUGAGAGGGCUUGGGUUCAAGGGAGUGGAAAGAUAUAGGUUCAAAGGAUCUGCUUCCGCGUAG